GUGGCGCGUCCGGUCCCGAUGGUCAUCUGCGCGUGCGUGGACGGGAAGGUGUGGACAGCCGCCGAGGUGCAAGAGCUGCGCGAGACGCACCGCAUCGUGUGCGGCUCUGGCGGCAUCUGUCGCCACAACAGCAACAAGGCGUCCGAGCACCGCCUGCCGAUGCAGUUGACGCCGGCGCAGCUGUACGUUGGCCGAUUGCACGGCUUUCUCGAGCAAGACAAGCCGACGCCCGCGGUACUUGACGAACCGCCUACAGAAGCCGCGACCUCUUGGUGGACAAAUGCGUGGGUCGCGCUCAAGGCCCUCUUUAACCCGGCGCCCAUGACAGACGCUCCAGGGUCGCCUCAAGCGAAGCGAAGGAAACUCUCCGAUCCCGAUGCAAAGGACUCUGCCGUGGCUGUGGACGUGCCGCUUCACCACCGCGUCUUUGAAGAUCUAUGGUCCCAAGGCUUUUACAUCACGUCCGGAUCCAAGUUUGGUGGCGACUUUCUCAUCUACAACGCGGACCCCGUGACGACGCAUGCGUCCGCCAUCAUCUUUGUACUCGUGAGUGCGACGCUCUCGCCACAAGAUAUCGUUGGCUACGGCCGCCUCGCUCGUGCUGUCAAGAAGAACUGCGUCCUUGCGUACCUCAACCAGCGUCGAUGCCUGAGCUACACGACGCUGACGCACACGUCCACGACGUCCCGUGCCGAUCGACCACGCGGUCCCCACGGUCGGACAUAGACUCUUCGGUGUACUGCACAUACCAGCCAUGAAGCAAUCUUAUUG